CGAAGAUCUGGCGUUGUGCAGCUAUAGAGUAGCUUGAGCCAUCGCCAGAGCGCCUUUUCAACCCGUAAGAGUCGUGAAAUUCGAUUGGCAGAAAAAGCAGGAUGAUCCGCCUGGAGUGCACACAGGCGGCAGAUCAGUAGAUGCACACGAUAGAGAAGGCCGCAUGCAUAUGUGUCUGUGCGUCGAGCAUAGAUAAGCGGCAGUCAUGAGGGUGUGUCCUUGUCGCGGCUUCUUUCAGGUGGGCGCGGCGUUUUUCUGGUAGUAGUGACCAAAUCGAUGGACGCCGACGACAUCCCGGUGCUUGACGAGGUCAUCUUCUCGUUGCUGGACCUCGUCAAAGACGGCGACCCUUCUGUGCAGGUGCGCCGACACACGCAUUCAACACACACACACACAGGGGCAGCUCUCCUAUGUGCGUGUGCGUGUGUGUGUGAGUGUGUGCAUCAGGUGUCGAUCAACUCGUCCAUCAACGUGGUGGCCAAUGUGCACUUCACGCUGGUGGUCCGCUCCAUCUCCUCCUUCCUCGAAGUCAGGCGCACCUCAGCCAACCACCAGCUGGGCCUCUUGAGGCUCCUCUGCCAAGUACUCGGCAUAGCCACCGACACCAACAAAAAGACCACAACCACCGACAAUGGAAAGGUACUCAGAUCCACACACACACACACGCAUCCAUCUGUCGUGUGUGUGUUGGGGGGGGGCGUAGGAGCCUGCGGAUGGCGAUGAGUGCCUGUUGGACCAUGAGCAGGACCACGAGGGCGAGCGGCCGGACCUGGACGACGACCUGGCCAAGUCGCUGGCGGACUUCAUGGUCAACGAGAUGGUGCUGCUCAAGUACGGCGACGGGCGGCAGCGGGCCAUGGGCGACGUCCUCGUCUGUUUGGCGUCCAGCAACCCUCCCGUCACCUUUGAGACCAUCCUCAGCGCACUCGACAAACAACAGGACAACCAAAACCCCUCCCAAAACAGCAGGAAAAGUGAGCUCCAUCCAUCCAUCCAUCCAUCAAUCUAUUGAAUGCGUGUGCUCCUUUCUCUUUGCAGGUCGACAGCUGGAGGCCACGGUGUUGCUGGAGGUGAUAACCGACCUGGCGUCCACGGUGCCGGCGCAGACGGCGGCCCACUUCCAGCCGCUGAUGGUGCGGCUGCUGCCGCUCCUCACGGCUUCCGUCACGCCACAGCCAGCAGCACAGGGGGGCACACCCGUCACACUGCCGGCACCACUCAAGGUGGCCACUGCACACAACACUCAUCCAUCCAUCCAUCCAUGUGUGCGUGUGUGUGUGUGUGGUGUAGGCUGAGACUCAGCGCAUCAGUCUGGUCAAGGCCUUCGCCGCCCUUUGCCAGGCAGUGGUGGACGGAGCAGCAGAGGGAGAGGGCAAGGAAGGACGAAUAGGUGAGCUCCACACACGGAAAGAACCACCGCACCACAUCACACAUUGUCGCCUGUCAGGUCCGCAGGGAGAGUCGCAGCCCGCGCAGCUAGUCGGCACUGCGUUAGAGGUGCUGCUGACGGGCAGCGGUCUGCAGCAGGCCAAGGACGCCCUCAACAAGGACAGCAGCGUGCGGCUCCACACACUCGAGGCACUGGGUUUCAUGGCCAGCGUCGUCACUGCGGAAAGGCUGCAGCACCACGCACAGGUACGGAACAAGCGAAUGCACGUCGGCGUGUGUCAUGAGUGCGUUGUAUGCAAUCCAUCCGUGUGUGUGUGUGUCAGAGUUUGCUGGGUCUGUUCAUCCAGCAGUGCGGCACGGCCAAGAAGGAGGCGCCCGGCGGCCCCUCACCACUACCCAUGCUACGCGGACUCGCUUCGUUCUUACACGUACCUACACACACCCGUCACUCCCCACCCAUCCAUGAGUCUCCCCUCUGUUCAUCAGAGCUGCAGCGAGUCCGAUCCCGCGGCGAUAGAGGCAUCGCUCUCGCCCCUCACGGCCUCUCUCUUCGCUUUGCUGACGCCGGUGUCCUCCGACUCCCUCUACUCGUCGCAGCCGCCGCAGUUCCACCCGUCACUGAUGCGGUGCCAGGCGGAGAUACUCAAGUGCGUCGAGGUGGUCUGGCUGGGGUGGACUGACAAUGUCCUGGGAUUCCUCCUGGGUGAGUGGUGGGUGGGUGGGUGUUCUUGAGUAGAGAGGGGGCAUGUGUUGUGGUGGUGCUGCGUGUGGUGGUUGUCCUUUCAGGCAAGCUGCAGAGCAAGCAGAAGGACGACCGGAUCGGCGCCCUCACCGUCCUCAGACACAUCGCAAGUAUGACUGACUGACCAAACACCUACACCCGACUAUUGCGUGAUUGCGUCUGUGCGUGUCAAUCACACAAUCAGGCAGCCCAUCGUGCCACCCGGCGUUGCAGGCCGACCCCAAGGAGCGCAUCGACAAGCUCCUCAACACCCUGCAGUCGCUCACCCUGGACCACCUGUACGCCACCAGCGCCCCCACCGUCGCCGACAACACCGCCGCCCUCUCCCUCAUCGAGCUCAUCGUGGCCCUCGCCACAUCCGGCUUCUUGCAGUCACCACCGUGCACCGCUGAGGAGAGAGCAAAGGAGGUCGAGGCAAAGGUGCGCUUGCACACCAUAUUUUCCCGCCCGCCGAGAUACACAAGUUUUUGGUGUGUUGUGUGCCUUCCUGACGUCAGGAAUGGCUAGUGCCGCUGAGUGCGACGUCUCAGGCGUUGCUGCAGUACAUCAUGAAGCUGGCGGCCACGUCUGAGAGCAAGCUGGAGAAGGACAAGGCGGCCACGAGGGGCAGGGAGGGGGUGGGCCUGAGGGAUCUGCGCGACAGGGCCAACCUUGUGCUCACUGGACAACUCAGUGGAGGGGCACCAAGUGAGAUGGACACUCCCACACAAGUGUGGCGCUGUGUGUGUGUGUGUGUGCAGGGUUGAUGUGGGGUUUGGCGAUAGCGGCGAUAGUGCACUCGCAGUACACGGCGGCGCUGUCAGUGCUGUGCAAGUGUGCCGGCAACAUCAUUGAGUCGGUGCAGAGGAAACGAGGACACGACUACAUGCUCAGAGCACUCAGGUACACGCCCAUGCCAUGCAGAUUGUCUGUCUGUCUGAUGGCACGCACCCAUCCGUAUGUCUGAUCAGUCUGGAGGAGAGUGUGGUGGCCCUCCCCGGGCCCCAUGUGCUGCUCUCGCGACUGUUCCUCUUUGCACACGACCCCUUCGCAAAACCUAACCAGGUCCGCACAGACACAGACACAGACAUCCACACACAUACAUACACAGGAUGUUCCCAUCAAUGUGUCGUUGUCUGUCAGGGUGUGUGCAUCUUGGAGGGUCUGCGGUCGCUGGCCCCUCUGAUCCACCCCACCGCAGCUGAGGUGUGGGAGGCGUCACCCUCGUCAAGGCUGCAGGAACUCAUCGCCAUUCUACAAGUGGGUGGGGGAACAACACCACACUGACUGGGGGUGUGCACGUCUUUGUGUGCGAGGGUGUGUGUGUGAUUAGGAGGGUCCGAGUGUGUCGAUGGUGUCCGCCAGCGGACCGACAUUGGCGGCGAUGAGCAGCACCGUGUCGCUUGGCGAGCUGCUCAAGGACUUCCAGCAGGAGGAGUGGCACGCCCUGCUCAUGCGCGAGCUGCACUACCUGCUGCAGGUGGGUAGGAACACACUGACCCAUUUUGCUUUAUCGGUGUGUGUGCGUGUGUUGGGGGGGAGUCAGUCGAUUGAUGACGGCGGGGGCUUUGCGGUGCGGCUGACGGACUCGCUGCAAAACACAUUUGGUAGGUGGGAGAGCAAAGACACACGCGCAAGACACCAUCCUGCCCCCAUCAGCCGACUACAAGUCGGAGCUGGCCAAGGCUGGCACAUCAGGAUCCAUCGAGAGCAUUCCCGACGCACACCGAUGCGGCGUCUACGGCCUGCUGGGCGCCUGCAUGAGGAACCUCAAAGGCGCCAACAUUCAAAAGGUGAGCCAGAGAGUGAGGGAGACACUGUGAUCCCUCUCUGUCUGCCCUUCUGUGUGUGUCUGUAGGUGACGGCCAUUCUGGAGACCCUUCUCGCCACCGGAGAGGCCCUCGGUGCAGACGUAUUCCGCCGCGCGUGUGCAAGGGGCAUCGGGUUUGCGGCCGCCGAGCACUUUGAUGUGGUGCUGAUGAAGCUCCAGAGCAUCGCCAAGACAGAGGCCGCCACCAAGAAGGUACCUUCUGGUGGCGGAUGGUGCUGUGUGUUCUGUGUAUGAUGGCUUUGUGUGUGUGUGCAGGCGGGCCCGUUCGCCAUCUUCGGCAAGUUCGCAGCCGUGCUGCACGCAGAGCACCUCCGUGCUACCAUCGCACUCUCACUAGGUGACUCCUCACUCCUACCACACAUAAGGACAGAUCUCUCCUUCUCUCUCCCCACGCACGACUGAUGCAUGCCAUGCAGGCUACUGCGCCAAGUACGCCCCAUGCGGCCCCCGACGGUCCGAAGCCAAGUCCGCCCCGGGAGGCCCGACGGCCGUCACACUCACCCUCCCCAUCCCACUGAGAGAAGGCUCUCCGCCCACAAAGCCCUCAGAAGGAACCACAAAGCACCAGCGAGACCUGCUGAAGAAGCUGCAGUCGCUCGUGGCGGCGCCGCUCCUGACGGCCUUGAAGGACGAGAAGGAGCCUGAGGUCUUGCUGGCGGUGGUGGGGGCGGUGCAGCUGAUGGCGAGUGCGUUUGUGGAUGAUGGCAGGGGUGGAGGGGGGGUCGGUGACAGUGGGGGGGGUGGAGUUGAGGAGAUGGCGCGGUCGCCGAGCGCGGGGAGCGGCCCGGUGAUGCACUCGCUGGUGGCCUUCAGUGGAGCCGACAAAGGUGGGUCUGGGGUGAGGCGGGCGGACACACACGCUCAUCGAUGGCGUCUCUCUCUCUGUUUGUAUGCCCGAUAGGUGGCCCUCUGGGCUCCCUGCGUGACGAGAUUCUCACAGCGCUGCUGCAAUUCAUCACGCCGCCACCAAGGUGACCUACCUAAUCACUUCCACACGCACACGCUCACAUCCUCCCCCCCUCCCUUGUGAUGUCUCUCGAUCAGCCGUGAGUCGGUGCACCCCUCCCUGAUCGCCGCCUCGGCCGUGUCCACCAACUUCAUCUCAGCACCGUCACUCGUCAUGCCCCCGUCGGCACUCAUUUCGCAGCAACAGCACCAGGCCGACGGCAAGGGGGUUGGUGAUGGCAAGGGGGGCAAGGGGGGCGGUGGUGGCAAAGACGGACAACAAGGUGGCGAUGGGGGCGUUAUGGUUGGACCUGUGACACUGACACAGCUGGUGGCAAACACGCUGGAGGCCAUCUGGUGAGUGAGUGACAGAGAGGGAGGGAGAGAGGAGGGGGUGGUCGACACACCAGAUGCAGAUCCGCAUCUCUCUCUCUGUGCGUGUGUUUGGGGGGGUUGUGUGUGUGCAGUUCGCUGAUAGCACUAGAGCCCGAGCUGAAGCCGGACCUCUUCACCACCACCCUCGACCUCUCCCUCAACAUCCUCCGCCAGGCCAUCCCGCCACAGUCCACAACUCUAUCUGUCCCAGCACCUCCCGCCCCCACAGCGGCAGACAAAGAGAAGACCGUCCAGCAGCAACAGCAGCAACAGCAACAGCCGGUCAGAGCGUCGCCCACGUCCUCUCAGAGCUGCCCGUUCAACAGCGGUGGUGGUGGUGUGGGUGGAAGGGAGAGCCUUGGUGAGAUGUAUGAGCAGAGCGACGCUGUCUUCAAGGAGUGCGUGCGGGGCGUGGUAGCCGUCGUGACGUCCCUCGUGCUGCACACCAACUCGUGGCUCGGCGUCUCAAGGCUCAUCCUGGUGCGUGCUGCACACACACAGACAGAAUGCAGCCACACACCACGUGUCACACGUGCUGUGGAAUGCAUUUCUUUGAUCGGUCAGGCAGUGCAGUCCAUUGGGGCGAAUGGCCCCAACCCGUUCCUCCGAUGGACCUGCACACACCUCCUCUACUCGGUAUCCAAAGAGGCCCCCAUCGUCAGCCUCUCCCCCCCGCCCCCCCCCGGCCCCAUCGUCGCGCAGCACCGGCGAGGCAGCGCGCCACACAUGCAGCCCAAGGAGGGCUUUGGCCCUCAACCUGGUCAGGGGACGCUGCUGCCGCCUUCGUCGCUCUCACCUUCACCACCUUCGCCCGCGCCGCUGCACGCGGCCACUGUGGCUGACCUGUCGGGUGUGGCUGCUGCUGAAUCGGCUGACUCCAGUCCUGGUACACACCCAUGCACACAUCCAGUCUGACUCUCUCUGUCUCUGUGUGUGUGUGUGUGUGCAGAUAAGUCCUCCCAGAGCACCACGACGGCAGGAAGCGGCAAGGGUGUGGCAGUGGUCGACCGCCCCACACCCACACCCACCCCCACAUCGGUCACACUGCGUGAGAGCCACCACCAGCAAUGGGGCGAGUGGUGUGAGUCGGUGGCGUUAGUCAUCCCGCGGCUGGGCGACGGCUGGGACGAGAUCGCCGUCAUGGGGGUGGAGACGGUCAACCAGCUGCUGGCCAGGUGCCCUUGGACCAAGGAGGCAUCCAUCGCACUACCCCUACCUCAUGGUGCAGCAGCAGCUGGUGACGAGCAGCAGAGGGAUCGUGAGAGGGAGGCUUCUCCACUGCCCCCGCCUGCUGAUGAGCAGGGACAGGCUUCACCCUCAGUGUCGUUCGGCGACCUCGGUAUGAAUGGAUGGAUGGAUGGAUGGACGGACGGACACACUCACUCAUGUGUGUGUCUGGUUCUGGGCGUAGGUGUGCUGACGGAGCCAGUCACGAUAACAUCACCUCCUGACGGCAGCAGCCCCCAGCCUCCCCCCUCUGUCGUGUCCAGCCCGGUAGAGCAGAUAUCAGACAUUCUGGUCCGUUCGGUGCCGCGCGAGUGCGUGGCGCCCCUGGUGCAGCACCUGAUGCUAGGCAUGCAGGACAGCGACGAGGGAGCCGCAAAGGCCGCCAUGGAAACUCUCGGGGCCAUCCUGCAGGCACGCAGGAGACUCACACACACACACAGGGGAGAAAAGGCGAGAGUGGCGUGCACCAUUUGUGUGUGUGGUGUGGUGUGUGCAGGCGCGCUGCACCCAGCUGAGUGUGGAGUCUGCCCGCAAGCUGGUGACGACGAUGUUGGACGAGGUCCGGAAGGUCAAGGCGCGGGAGGUGACCCACCAGGCGCUGCUGUCCGUGCGGAUGCUCGCCACACACCACUUCCAGGCAUGGCAUGGCAUGGCAUGGCUGUGCAGACACACACACACACAUCCAUCUGCCGGUGCGCCAUGUGUCGUCCGUGUGUGUGUGUGUAGGCGACUGUGGCCGAGUUGAUCGACAGGGGUCCGGAAUAUGACGACGCGCACCUGGGCGUGUUCGAAGUCAUCGCACGGUGUGUAUGGCAUAAGCAGACACCACACAGCCACACACACCAACCCCCCCCUCCCCACACACACACGUGUGCCGUCCGUCCGUCCGUCGUGGGCGGUACCUCUUAUGUGUCAGUGAGCGCCCUUUGCUGCUCAAGACGCUGAGCCACCUGACGGACACCAUCAACAACUCUGACCCAGGCGACGCCAACACGCCAAACAAACUGGUGCUAAGCGCGACGGCUGCCGUCGGUACGCCCACAUCGAAACAAACAAGGGGAGAGAGAGUGCUCCAUGGCUCCACAUGUCCACCAUGCGUGUGUGUGUGCAGCGCAUCUGUUCGGUGUGGACGACUCUACGGUCCGCAGCGUGGUGCGCAAGUACCUGCCUGAGCUGCUCUCGACCUUCCUCCUCCGCAUCGGCACCACUGCCGGCGGAAUCGGCACCGACACAGCCAUACACGUCAGCCACCACAUCCAUCCAUCCAUCCACACACACACACACAUGCACACACACGCAGAAUGUGUGUGUGUCAUCAGGCGUUGGGCAACUUCCUGCGGGCGUCGCAGCAGACGUCGCUGUCGGCCGCUGUGGAGCGGAGGGGGCUGUUGGCCAAGUGCCGCGAGAGCUACGACGAGGGCAUAGCCGACGUCGCAGCCAUGUUCUUCAAGUCAGCCACGACACACACUCGAAUGCUCGUCUGUGUGGUUUCUGAAUGGGUGUGUGGGUGGAUGGGUGGAUAUCGGUGCAGGCACUACCCCGACGGCCGUCCGGGUGUGUUUCGGUUCGUGGAGCCCUUCCUGGGGAGGGAAAUACUCGGCCAUCGGGUGGGCGCAACGGCCACCCUCGCACAGCUGGUCUUCUUCACAGAACCGUCCGAACACCAAAACGACAGGAAAAGCACCAAACUGGUCAGCGAGCCAACAGAGAGAGAGAGAGGGAGGGAGGGAGGAAGCGUCUCUCAUUCCGUCUCGUGUGUGUGUGUGUGCGCGCAGACGCAGGGAGACGUGGACCGUCUGAUGUCGUGUCUGCUCGACCGCACGCAGGACGCCGCCCCAGUGGUGCGCAAGCACGCCUACCGCGCCAUGAGCCUGGUGGCCUACGUCUGGUACAAGACAGCCAAGACCAGCAUCUCCAGCACCGUCACCACACUCCCAGGCGUCCCUCACGCCCACAUUGACACGGACUCCCCCACCGAGACACCGCUGGGGACUAUGCAGCGGGGCGCAACGGCUCCGGCGUCAUAUUCGAGCUGCGAUGAGGGGUCGCCUUCGUCGAUGGCGAGUGGUGGUGGGAGGGAGGAGGGUGGGGCCGAGGAGAGCAAUGGGUCUGGGGACGUGGGCGUGCCCGACAUGGACAAUACCGCCACACAGGUGAGUGCCCGACUCACAGGUCAGUCAGUCUAUCCCUGUGUGGAUUCUGUGUGUGAUUUGUUGUGUGCAGGUGUUGGAGUGUCUGUUGGGCGGGCUGGAUGACGGCAGUGGCGUGUGUGUGGUGGAGGCGCUGAGGGGUCUGCAGCGGUGCUGUGCCGUCCCCCCGCCCUCCCUCGAGUGGGCAGAGAUGCUCGUGGGCGCGGCGGGGCAGCUCACGAACAUACUCAACCACCAGGAGUGGUCUCUGCGAAGUGGCGGGUUUGACCUGUUGUCUCGCCUGGGCACAGCUGUCAUCAAGUUCGACAUCCCACCACCGACAUCACCCACAUCACCCACAGCAGCAGCAGCAGCAGCUGAUGGCGACAAAGGCAAUGGGGACACGAAAGACGCCCUCAGGUUGACCCUGCAGCGGCACUUCCUGACGCACCUCGUGUGUGUCCUGGUGAGUCAGUGAAAGUGGAAGGGGCAACAACACACACGUGCACUUGGAUGGAUGUGUGUGUGUGUGUGUGUCUGUCAUUGACACAGGUGAGGUUAGAGGACCCGAGCAACGCGGUGAGCGCGGCGGCCUUCCAGUGCCUGCAGGCCUACAGCACAGCCGGGCUCCUGGCCGACCACAGACACAGCAGCGGACAGCAGGACGGCGAGACGACACGGACACGGACACAGACAGAGCAGCCGAGUGAGGAGCUCUAUCGGCUGCUGCAACGGAGGACCGACGAGCGCCUCACACCCGACGUAAAGAAACCUGCAUGCCCCCACCCAUCCCCAUACCCCUCCGUGCGUGUGUGUGUGUGUGUUGAUGUGUGUAGGAUUUCCUGACGGCAUUGAGCCCCCUAGUCCUGCAGCUGGCCCACUCCUUCCCCGACAACAACGCACCAGCACCGCCACACGCGCCCCCGCCGUCCGAUCUCGCCGGCGUGACAUCGAUGGUCAAGCUGGCCUGCCAGCUGGUAUACGACUGCAGCAGAUACUUCCACCCGUCAUGCCACGAGCACGACUUGCCUGACCACCAUGAGCAUCAAGGGGCGGACGGCGACCCGGGGGACGCGGCGGUGAACGGGCUCGCCAACACGGCUGUUAGCGCCUUCCAGGUCACACACACACAGGGACAGAGAGGGAGCGAUGGAGAAUAGGAAUUCGUCUAUCCGUGUGUGUGUGUGCAGGUGUCAGUGACUGCGGCGUCGUGCAGCGCUGCCGUGGCGCUCAUCCGUGCGGCCUUCCACAUGCAGCGCGAGAUGGAGCAGACCCACCCCGAAUUUGUCUGCGUUGAGCCAGGCGGCCGGGGCAGCCGGCGGGGCACCGGCAACCACCCCACCACAGCCACACAGCAGGCGAUGCUGAGCGAGCAGACAGAGGCCGAGUGGGAGGCAUUUGACCGCACGCAGAAGAGGUUUCUCGGCAUGGCCGUAGCCACCUGCAGGUGACCCUUCCCCACCUACGCACCCACACCCACACAGACACAUCUCAUGUGUGUGGACGGAUGUGUGGUCGCAGGCGCUUGCUGCGCAUGUUGGCGAUUCCUGAUACCGUGCUGCGCGGUCGCAUAGCGCGGCUGCUGGGCCAUCUGCACGUGUUGAGCGAGAUGGAGGACAUGGACGAUAUGGCAGACGCUGAGGGCCAUGAUGUCGAUGAAUGACACACAGAGCAAGUAGAGCCGAGUCAAGUGAGCCGAGUAGGUCGAGGCAAGAGCUGCUGUGGCAUCAUUUUCAAGCGUCGAGCGUCGUAGAGAGGCUGCCGUUCCUUCGUUUCUUUCUUUCUUUCUUUCUGUCUUCCUUCGCUGCAUGGCCGCCCAUCCCAUCGAUGGGUGAUUGAGUAGACGAGAGCCGGGCAGUCGCUCGUCCGUGUGUAGAAAGGAGAGAAAAGGUCCGACGGUGGGGAGGGGCGGGGUAUCUUAUCUAUCUGCCUAGGUGCGUUAGGUGUGUGUACAGGUGAGUGGGCGAGGCUGGCUGGGCGGCUGUCUGUCUGUCUGUCUGUCCGGCAAUCGCUCCAAUUCUUACCUUCUCGUCCCGUCUGUCUGUCUGGUGUAAAUAAAUACAUAUGGAUCUGACUGGCCGAUGCCUGCCUUCCAUUUGUCAUCCAUUUGCCCCCCCUCUCUCUCCCUCCCUCUCUCUCUCUCUGUGUGUGUGUGUGUCUGUGUGUAUUGAGUGAUGCGACAGCCAGACAGGAAACAGAGAUGCGAUGCCAUGGGAUGAGCGGACCCUUGGUGCCCCCACGGCGUGUGAAUGCCUAGGAGAUACAUUUUUCUGUUUCCAUGACUGCAUU